CGCUAGUAUUUAAUAAACUACGUCGUGAUUCGAUAAAAAAGAGCCAAGUAAAAUAUGACAGAAGAUCGUUUAGAUAUAUUAAUACUUGGUGCCACCGGAUUUACCGGAUUACACUGUAUUCCGUAUGUUCAUAAGCUUUCCAAAGCUAAUGGACGAAAUCUUACCUGGGGAGUUGCAGGCCGAUCUGAAGAAAAAUUGCAAGAAGUCCUGAAGUCGACUGGAGAGAAAAUCGGGGUCGAUUUGUCCAAUACGCCUAUGGUUAUAACUGAUAUCAAGAGUUAUGAUUCAUUGCUGCUGAUGGCCAAAAAAACUAAAAUUGUUAUAAAUUGCUGUGGUCCAUAUCAAUUUUUGGGAGAGCCCGUGGUAAAGGCAUGUAUAGCUGCUGGAACACAUCAUGUUGAUAUAAGUGGGGAACCGCAAUAUAUGGAGAAGAUGCAGUUGGAGCAACACCAAAAUGCGAAAGAAAAAGGGGUUUACGUUAUAAGUGCCUGUGGUUUGGACAGCAUACCAAGUGAUUUAGGAGUUAUUUUUCUCAAACAAAACUUUGAUGGUGUUUUGAAUUCUGUGGAAACAUACUUGGAGGUAUGGGAGGAAGGAAAUAAUUCCGGAGCAGCUAUUAAUGUCGGGACAUGGAAUUCUGCCGUACAUAGUUUGGCGCAAUGGAAUGAACUCAACGACAUACGAAGAAAAUUAUUUCCUAAAGCAUUGCCAUCGUUUAACCCACAACUAAAGAAGAAACUAUUGCCUCACAAAUCUGAUCUUGUUGAUGGUUGGAUAAUACCUUUCCCUGGAGCAGAUCUUCCAGUGAUGGAAAGAACACAGAGAUAUUUGUAUGAGAAGGAAUCUAAGAGACCUAUACAAGUUAACACAUACUUUGUUGUACGAUCCAUAUUUACCGUAAUAUUAUUUGCUCUUGGUGGUGCAAUCUUAACCAUACUGACUAAAUUCAACUGUGGUAUAAAAUUGUUACUGAACUAUCCUGAAGUAUUCAGUUUUGGAAUGGUCAGCAAGAAACAACCAUCAGAAGAAAAGAUUGAAAAUUCAUGGUUUCAAGUAACACUGCAUGGAAAAGGAUGGAGUGGACCUUCCGAAAAAGGCCUCAAUAACUACACCAUACCGUAUAAUAAGAGUAUCUUGGGAAGAGUCAAAGGAAGAAAUCCUACUUAUGGGUCUACCUGCAUAUGUUUGGUUUGUGCUGCCAUUGUAGUACUCACAGAAAGUGACAAAAUGCCGGAGGAAGGCGGAGUAUUUCCUCCUGGAGCAGCAUUUGAGAACACUUCUCUCAUCACUCUACUAAAGGAAAAUGAAGUCACCUUCGAUAUUAUUUCUGAGCAGCCGAUAUUACGCUGAAUAUGUGGUUACAAGUUGGAGGUAAACCUAAUCAUUAAAGUGCUUAACUUUUUGGUGAUAUGUGUUGAAAUAUAAAGUAUUAUAUAUUCUGAAGGUUGGAACAUCUUAAAUACUGAAUAUAUUCAUGAACUUUUAUUGAAUUUUUAAAACAC